AUGCGGUGGAGGGAGUUUUUUUUUUUUUUUUCACAUCAUCUCCAGGCUAGCGUCAACAAAGAACUGAAAGCAAAACCUUCUUCCGGCCAGCCUUGUGGCCUGUGCUCUGCUAGAUUUGGGCCCUGCAGGCAGCGGAAGGCGCGUCUCUUCUCCGCCAUGGCAUCAGUUUUGAAAGGCAAGGACUCCAAAGCUUCUGAAAGAAUGGUUGAAGUUGCUGGUCAUCCGGUUUGCCUUUUUAAUGAUCAAUUACUGACCACAGUAGUGAAGACUCACUUUCAAGAUAUUAAGAAUAAAGGCGGAGUUGUUGAACAUGUGAUAUAUCCAACAAGAACCAGGGGCAGGGGAGUUGCAAAUGUGACAUUCAAAGAGAAAAAAGGUGCAAAGAAUGUCAGCAGAAAACAGAAACACUGUCAGGCAGAAAAGGUUGGACCUGCUCAAUUCACAGUCUCUCAUUUUGGUGAAAAGGUCUUCAGCUCUGUAAAAGCUAUCCUCGAUCUUUCUGUUUUUCGGAGUCAAGUCAUUCUAGAAAGCCUGGUAACGGACCUGACAAGGAAAAUCCCAACUUUAUCCUUCAGUCCUCUGGAACCCAAUGGAAGAGUCUCUGUGCAAGGGUCAUUUCUGGAUAUCCUGAGGCUUAAAGAAACUUUGCUAUUAAAAGCAAGUUCUCUUUUAGAAAAAAACAGGAAUUUUAUCAGUGAGGAGAAGUGGAACAGCCAGGGCCCCAAAAGGGAUCUCCAGAGAGGCAGUAACUCCUCAGAGUCACCCGGGUCCUCAGUACCUGAGACCACUAGGAGCAGAGAAACACUUGUUCUCGAUACAGAUGUAUUCCUUUAUCUGAAAAAGAGCAGAUUUUAUGAAAGCACAUUGAAAAAAUGUCAUGUUUUCUGUCAGGAGAGAGUGGAUGGUGAAAUCACCACAAUCUGUUUAAGAAAUGCUCAACAAUGUUCUCACCCAAACAAUGCAAAGCUUGUGAAAGCACUUAUUGAGGAAUAUUCACUUGCUCUUCACUUUGAGCUUAAAAAAGAGACACUUCUUUUGAAAGGAAAGGAGAAUAGAGAUAAAAGAAGGAUUAAGUCGGCCUGUGAACAAGUAAGUUUGAGGUACCCUAAGGUUCUGAUUAAUUUUUACGAGACGCACAUUGAUAUUAUAGGAUCUUCUUCUGACACACACUUGUUUAAAAAAGAGAUCAUGAAAUUAAUAAGGCUAAAAAGUUAGGUAAUAAAAUCUCAGCAAUAGUGGUAGUGGCAGUCACUCUCCCUCACUGAGCAGAGGCAAUGCUGUGUAUGAUGCUAGCUUUACACACAUUAGUUAUUUAAUCCUUACAACCAUCCUUCAUUGUAGGCAUUGCUAUCCUCAUGUUCUAGGGGAAGAACCUAGGAUUUGGAGAAGUUAAAACAUUUGUCCGGAGUUAUCGAGCAGGCAAAGAAUAGGGUUAAACUUGGCCUAUCUGACUACAAAGAUAAUAUCUAAGUCUUAAAACUUUGAAAAAAAAAAUCUCAUUAAACUUUGAAGAAAUCUCACUUUCCCUGAAACCCCAAAUUCUUAGAAUGUAUCUUGCUCAUCUCAAAGUAAACAAAUGUGAUUGUGAUGAUGUGAACUGUUUAGAUCAAAAGAAAAGCACAAGACAAAUCUCUUUCUAUGUUUUCAUUUUUCUUAGCCAUCUAAAUCCCAAGUAUUUCCAUCUUUUAUUUAAAAAAUCGUUUUUAAGUUUAUUUAUUUUGAUUCUACACUGUCAGAGCCUGCUUGGGACCCAGUGUGGGACUCAAACUUAUAAACCUUGAGAUCAUGACCUGAGAUGAAAUCAAGAGUCGGAGGCUUAACUGAACCACCCAGGCACCCUGUAUUUCCAUAUUUUAAGAUACAAUAUUUCCUUGUUGUUUUUGUCAAUGAGAAAUUGCUCUUUACAUCAAGUGCCCAAUAAGAUGUCUUUAAAUUUAUAAAGUGCUUCAUUUUUAUUUUGCUCCUAGGAGUUUGUCUCAGCCUGGGUUCAGUCAGGAGAGAGAA